AUGAAAAGACAGAGAGAUGAAAGAGUAGGGAACAUAGAUUUGGCAAAUUGUGUAAUUCUACUCUCUCAUCCCAAAGAAGCCAAACAUAAGAAACAUUUUGGUCCUGUUGAUUUUGAGUGCACCACAUGCAACCGCAAGUUCUCUUCGUUUCAAGCACUUGGUGGUCAUAGGGCUAGUCACAAGAAACCCAAACUAGAAAGCACAAAACUCAAAUUACAGUCCCAAACUUUGGGUUUGAUGAAUAAGCCUAAAAUUCAUGGGUGCUACAUUUGUGGUAAACAAUUUUCAAUUGGUCAAGCUUUGGGAGGACAUAUGAGAAGGCAUAGAAUUGCCAUCAAUAAAGGGUAUUGUUUGGUGAAGAAAAAUAAGGUUGUUGGAAAAGUCCCAAUAUUAAAAAGAUCGAAUAGUAAGAGGAUUAUGUGUUUGGACUUGAACUUAACACCUUUGCAAAAUGACUUGAAGUUAUUGUUUGGAAAUAUGGCACCUAAAGUUGAUUCGUUUGUCUGA